CGGAGACAGGACUCGACCAUGUGCGCUGCAAGAGGAAUAUGGCCUGUUCGAUGGGUGAAAUGUUGAGGGAUUAAUCACUGAUCAUGAUGAAAAGCAAAUCAGUGCUGACCAUUUCCAGCUACUCGUGGAUGAGUCUUCUGGACUAUUUUCACAUGUUAUGGAUGAUAUGUCACGUUAGAUGAAAUGUAUUUCAGGACAGUGUGCACCUGAAAAUCACUGACUAAGACUACCUGCUACAGCAGCUUAUUGUUCUCACUCCCUAAAGAUCAAAGCACCCCACAGCUGCUUUUCUCUCCUGUUUAGGAUGGGACUAACCUGACUUUAUGUUAACACUCUGCUGGGCGUCACAUGAACAAUGUCAAGUUCUCAGCAGCCUGAUGUGGGCACAAAUGUCACUGAUGUUCCUGGGCAGCUUGGUUUCACCAGCUCCAAUCAGGGCCUGGUCUGGUCCUCCAUUGUUAACAGUGUGGUGAAGAUGGUGCUCAUAUCUCUGAUUGUCUGCGUGUCUUUGUUUGGGAAUGUGAUUGUUCUGCUGGUGUUCCAAAGGAAGCCUCAGCUCCUUCAUGUGGCCAACCGCUUUGUCCUCAACCUCCUCCUGGCAGACCUACUUCAGACUAUAUUAGUCAUGCCCUUUGCUAUUGCAGCUACCAUGCCAAGUGUGUGGCCUCUGGAUGCUCGGCUGUGCCAGGCCCUGGUGGUGCUCAUGCACUUGUUUGCAUUUGCAGGGGUUAACACCAUUAUAGUUGUGUCUGUGGAUCGCUACCUGGCAAUUAUUCACCCUCUUUCUUAUCCCACUCGCAUGACCCCUCACUUGGGCACCAACCUGAUCAUCUGCACCUGGGUGCUCAGUUUCCUGCAGAGCACACCUCCUCUCUAUGGCUGGGGGACCAUAGACUUUGACCAACAUCACAAUAUCUGCUCAGUGGUGUGGUCUUCCAGUCUGUCCUACUCUGCUGUGGUGUCUACCUUUUCUUUCUGGCUUCCUGUGCUCAUCAUGCUCGGAUGUUACUGGAUGGUUUUCAGGGCAGCCCGGAGGCAGAACGCUCUUGUACACCCCAUACAGACACAGUCCUACUCUCAGCCCUGCCCGCAGGACUUCCAGGCACCUAGCAGCCCACAGCAGCGAUGCCAGCCCCAGCAGCCCAGUUCACCGGAGGGACCUUACUCAGCCAGAAGAUACCCAGUUCGAGUUAGACACAGGCGUUUUCACUACCACUGCAAGGCAGCCCGUGUGGUUUUCGUGAUCAUGGCUUCAUACAUCUUCAGCAUGGGUCCUUACACCAUUCUGAAUACUAUAUCUAUGUUCACCAGAGCAGCUAUACCCUCAUGGUUAUCCUCCCUUGCCCUUGUACUCUUCUUUUUACAGUGCUGCCUACAUCCUUAUAUUUAUGGCUACAUGCACCGUAGUGUAAGAAAAGAAUUUCUGGCUUUACUCUGUGGGUUGUUCUGCAAGCAGGGCCGUCCCAACCAGAGCUCUGCUGUGGAAAGCUGCUUCACUACGACUGAGGGACGCUCCACCGCUCACCCUCACCUGCCCAGCUUGGCUGCUCGAAUUGUCCCCCUGCGGACAUGGGAAGAGUGCACAACAUCGUCCUCUCCCACUUUUGAGAGGAAGUCGAGAGACAGUCGUAAGGAGACCACCUCUACCAGUAUCAGCUCUGAGAAGGAACUUACAGUCAACAGCAAACAAAGCACAUAAGCUGCCAUGCAUCAGACAGACCAUAGUUGCUCUUACUUUAGGACGCUGUCAUGCAGCAUGUUCAUAGUUCUCAGCAGGUCGCUGGAAUUACAAACAGAAGUAUCAUCAUUUAUCACCAACAUAUGAUAUUUUACCACUUUGUUAAAAUCUCUGUUAAGUUAUUGCUACUGGGAAAAACCUAGGCACAGUAGUUGUUGUGUUAAUGUGUAAAAGAACAAAUUGUAGGAAAGAGUUAUUGUGUUUCAUAUGUAAAUGCAUUUUUAAGCGUUACCACAUGUGCCACAUAAAGACUGUGUGCAGCUGUUAAAGUUUGUGCAAUCCAUCAUUCUUGCAAACAUAAUAAUGCUUGCGAGAGUGAACUCACUACUGUUAUUUAAAAUGGGCAUUUAAAUCAGUCUAAAUUCAAAUUAUUCUCAAUCUGCACGUGUAAAAUAGGAAGUUGCUCUUAUGUUCGGACCACUCUAAUUAUCAGAUGUCUCUGAUGGCGUGUAAAUCUGCUGUAUCCACACAAUUGUCUCCUUUAAACUUUUUGUGUCCUGCUGGAGGUGCAGGAUAGCGGACCUUGUCUGCAAGCAAAUUUUGCUUGUAAUUUUCCAACUCAGGGUAUUGCUUGUAGGAAAAAAAAGGAAUAGAUCCCACCUUGAACCUCGGGUGGGAGAAUAUGUGUUAAAGUCCCUAUCACAGUGACUGCUCUUAGUCGCAAAGCGCCUUUUGAAAAAACAAUUAGAAAAGUGAUUUAUUGUGCCUGUCAGUGAGAGCUUACAAGUGUUGGUGAUUCCCUUUCUCUCAUGGGAUGGCCACACAUUCACGUUUGUCUUAGUCCUUUGUUUCUUUUAUCUACAGCGUAACUGAUGUGGAAAUUUUCCUUUUAUUUCAUGCCACUUAAUAUUUGGACUCUGUGUUUGAUGCCUUUCAAAUGUUGGCGUGGGGAAAGGGGCGAGUAUUUUUGUGUGAUAAAAACAUGCAUGUUGCAAGAUCUUUAACAGAUUUCUUAUAUUCCAUUGAGCACUUGUAGACUUGUGAUGAUACCUCAUGAUAAAGUAUUUCUAAAGGAAAAGAAACUGUGUGCCUAAAGCCACGGAUGCUUGCCACGACUCCUCUCAGAGAAAGGUAAAUCAUUAAGUUAGAAGUUUGCUAUGAUCCAUCACCAUAUUAUGUGCAUUUAUUUAAGUGUCUAGUGCCAAGUUUCUAGGUACCUUCUCAGAAAAUGAAAAGAAAAAAAAAGAUUUGGCACAAUGUGCUCCUGGUGUAUUCUUAUCACUAGACUGUCGUAGUUUCUGAGAUCUGUAAUG